UCUAUUGUGACUUUUAUUUCAGAGGAAUUACCUUAAUUUCAGCCUCGGGUGGAAAUGAAAAUAUGCCAUAUUAUUAAUUAGUCCUCCUAUUGAUGUUUAUUCUUGCUAUUACUUCACUCUUUCAAGAAGAUCAGAUCUUGCAAUGAAAUAAUCUCUGUCUGGCAUGUGGGAGGCCAUAACUUCAAAUGAUAUCAAGGAAUGGAUAUUUUUCCAUUAUUAUUUUCCCUGGCUUGUCCCUCAUAUUAAUAUUUUAAUACCGCUACUUUGCUUUUUUGCAGGAAUGUUAAAAGUUAUUAAACAGAAGUCACGAAUUCCAGUAUUUGUGAUGAUAAGACCAAGAGGAGGUGACUUCCUUUACACUGAAGAAGAAUUUGAAGUCAUGAAGGAAGAAAUUAAAAUACUCAAAGAAGCUGGAGCAGGUGGUGUUGUGUUUGGCAUCCUUACAAGUGAAGGUGCAGUGGACAUUACAAGAUGCCAAGAGCUCAAAGAUUUAGCAAGUCCUUUGCCAGCGACUUUUCAUAGAGCAUUUGACAUGGCUAAGGAUCCUUUCACCACUCUAGAGAUUGUUAUUAAAUUGGGUUUUGAGCGUGUUUUGACCAGUGGCCGAGAUUCCUCAGCGCUAGAAGGGUUGCCAACAAUAAGACAACUGGUUGAAAAGGCAAAAGACAGGAUUAUAGUUGUUCCUGGUGGUGGUAUAACAGAACGUAACUUGGAACGUAUACUGCAGGAAUCUGGUGCUAAGGAGUUUCAUUGCUCGGCACGACAUUCCAUGCCAUCUUUAAUGGAGUAUAAGAAUAAAAACACUUCUAUGGGUGGGACCCUCAGUCCACCUGAGUUUAUAACAAAAGUGGCAAGUUAUGAGAAAGUUAAAAAUCUUGUUUUUGUUGCAAGAUCAGUGUUACCAUGACAAUAAGUGUUUAAUCUGGAAGCAGGCUUAUUUCAUUCACAAUAUGAUAUAUAAUCAUGAGUUAUACUAGGGAACCAAUUAUAAUAGUGAUAAAAAAAUAUUUAUACAGGGUUAACACUACAGUAAUUUAUUAAACUGUUAUAGAUGUGGACCCUGUUAAAACAAUAAAUGAAUUUCGUACUAUACUGGGGAUCGAAGUACAUACUAUAAUAUUUUAUUUAAUCCAGACUGAUUUACAGUCAUGUAAAACAUUUCAAUUAUGCAAAACAUUGCAAAUGAGACCAUUUUGCACACACAGUACAUUAUGGAGGUGGCAUUGCUAGUAAUUAGAAUACUGAACGUGUAAUCCAGAGUUCCCAGAUUUAAUUGCCUUUUCUGCCACGAUCUGGCUCAUAUUGUAUUUUGCGAAUCGCUAACCUCCUACAUCAGUUAUAACUCUUAGGUAUCUAAGUUAUAUUUGUUUGAUUGAUAUUUAACUUGAACCACAUUAACAAUACAUUUCAUCACAAAUUUCUAACUUCAAAACAAACUGUGCACGCCAUAUAAAAAGAGCUGCUUUACCCUUACCACACACAAUAUUAAGAGAGGAAGCCACAUCAGGCCAGGUGGUUUUUAUUCAGGUCCUCUAUCCUUGUUGAAUUGGAAUUUGGAAAUAUUUGUUUUUGUGGAGGGAGGAAAACCAGAGAACCUGGAGAAAAACCCUCAGA